AUGAUUUUGAGAAUAUAUUCUGAUGAUUGUAUACAAAUGUUGCUCACAUUUCCACUUGACCCGCCACCAGCAACCAUUGAAAUUAUACAAGAUAUCAUAUAUGCACAUUCAUCAUCGUUAGAUGGGCGACGAUUUGCUGAUGAAUUUAUUAAAAGGAGAAAAGCAGAUGUUAACUCAGCCGGUUCAGGUGUUAAUCAUUCCGAAGGUAGAUCAAGCAAAGAAACAGGGCCAGGGGUUUUGAAUGUUAAAGAUGAUUAUUCUGGUAAUGGUGGUGGUGUUGGAACAUUUAAAAUUGUCACAACCAAAAAAGGCAAAAAAAAACAUUAG